AUGCAGGCCACCAAGCUGUACGCGCCGCUCAAUAUCGCCGGCAGCACGGUGCUCAUCACCGGCGCGAGCGCGGGCUUUGGGGAGGCGAUGGCGUGGCGAUUUGCAGAGGCGGGCUGCAAGCUGGUGCUGGUGGCGCGGCGGUUGGAGCGGUUGGAGUCGCUCAAGGCGCAGCUGGUGGACGCAUACCAGGCUCAAGUCCACAUCCAGAAGCUGGACAUGCGCGAUCUGGCAGCGGUGGAGGCACUGGCGGGAUCCCUGCCGACGGAAUUCAGUGAGCGCUCCUGCAACCCCGCUCCGUUUUGCUGGCCCACGCCACCGGACCGCUCCUACCCCCCACCCCCCAAAUAA